AUGACAAAGUAUCGAAAUGAUGUAACAAAGAGAUUGAUUUCUGCAAAAAAGAGGGAGUUAUCGGAAUUGAAAUGCAGAUUACACGAGAGCCGCGACAAACUGGUCGAACUGAGAAACGAAAAGAAGUUAUUGCUGCUGCACCAACAGAUACUGAACAAAUGCUUGCGUUGCUUCACAAACGAAGAUGAAGCUUAUAGUUGCUACUGCAAAGUUAAUGUUGAAAUAAUGAAAUUGGACAAGAAAAAUGUUUGUAACCUAAAGCAGAACGUCUGUCAACAAAAAUUGAUUCUGAGUAAGACAAAUGAAAGGGUGCAUUCACUUUCAUGUCACCUCAGCAGGUUGAAUCUGUUAUUGAGUGCUUCGAAUAAACUUGAAAGUGCUGACGUAUUAAAGGAGAAAAUCAAUGCUGUUGAGAGCGAAUUAUUGGGACGUGAUGACAAAAUCGAGAAGUACAAACAUUUAAUUGAGGAAACAAACCAAAGGAAUAAGAAUGAAAUGGCAGACCAAAAUCAUUCGUUGGCAAAUGCUAUCAAUAACCUGCAGAUAGAGAAAGAUAAGAUGUUCCACGUCGAGAAUAAACUUAAAUUCGUCACAAAAAAGUUGGAGUUGGCAAAAUUAAACUUACUGAACAAGAAAAAUAAUGAUUCAAUGGGCCGGUUGAAGAGCCGACAUGCAGAACAACGAAGACUUGAAGAUGAUUGCAGCAGUAGGCCUAGUACUGAUUACAAGCUGGCACAUGAAAAACAAAAUGUUGACGAAACUAAAUCAGUCAUCAAAGUUGAUGAAAAUAAAAAAGUAUGCAUGUGCGUGAACAUGCGGCUACAAAAAAAGAAAAAAAUAGAAAACAGUGGCCAGGAAGGGAAAACUACAAAACUAUUAGGACCGCUGGCUCGUCGACCACCGCACAACUUUGCCACAUCAACCCCUUUAGGCAACGAUUUCAAAAUUUUUGAAGAAAAACCAGCUGUGAACGGACCUGAUCUAGUGGAUGGCGUGAGUGACUGCGACGAAACAGCCAACACCACUGAAACAAUAUUUGACAAGGUGGGUCCUGGCGGUCAAUCAACUUCAGCAUUAGACAAUCCGACUGUGAGUGAAAUAUCAAAAAUAAACAUCAAAUACGAGAGCAUAGUUACUGAAAGCAUUGAUGAGGAAAAUGAAGUUAAAGAUGGUAAGGAAAAACGAAACAGUGAGCACCUAACUGGUACUCCUAACACUAACAACCACGAUGGUAGUCUGGACAACAACAAUGACCAUUUCCGUUUAAAUGCAAUCCAAAAUUUAAAUAAAAAUCUAGAAAAAAACGUUUCGAGCCACAGCUACAAAGAAGUGAAAAAGUGCCAUAAAGCGAAAAGUACUUCGACGGAACUCAGCGACAGUCAGAAAGCAUCAAUGAGUCACGAGUCUCCUGUUAGAAAGGUUUACGUUUUUAGAAACACCGUUGAGAACAUGCAUAAAGGUGUGCCCGCACACUCCAAAUCUGUUUAA